CUGAUUUGUUCGAGUGCAUGACAGCACACAUGGUGGGUUCGGCCUGGGGAGCAGAGCGGGAGUGGUAAAAUGGGAAAGGCUUUUCGUGGGGGUAAAUACAUCGUUGGAAGAGCGCCGUGCUGUCAGUUGGCGCGUGGAAUGAAUUUGUUCGUGUGGAUUUUCAGAAGGUAGUUGAGGAAAGACGCACUUCCGACUGCAGUGAUUUUCUUUCUGACUGCACCCGGAACGUAGAUCUAUUUGACUGCCGUGGUACUGGUAGUGAGAAUAUGAUGUUAGCUUCGUCACCGGUCACGGAGGACUGCUACGAGAAUGGAGUUGCGAUGCAGGUAGCACGCUCCAGAUUUUACGUGUCCUCGGUGCGGAAGAGUCCCCGUCGUGCGCGCUCACAGACCCUGCCCACUCGUGCCAGGAGAGCUGUGACGAAACGCCUCAAACCAGAGAGACGGGAGACGCUGAAGCGAUCACGAACGGCGUGCAAUGAUAACUUUCAAACCGCCAGGGAUGAGCUUGUCAAGAAGGAGCAGUUUGACCAGGCCCUGGUUUGCCUGGAAGACCUGACCAAAAUGUGCAAGGGUCUGUACACGUAUGCCAAGAAGCGAUUUGCCAUCGAGAAAGAUUACGCCAAGAGUCUGCAGAAGUUGACCAGAUCCACGCUAGAUGCUACCCUAACACCGAAAGGAGUAGCGUUUCAGGGUGGUCUGAAUCCAGCCUGGCACACCAUACUGCAGUCAACCCAGGAGUGUGCCGAGAUGAAACUGUCGGCCACCGCCAAUCUGGAACACAGUGUCUUGGCGUCUCUAAGUUCCGUCUUUGAAGGAGAGCUACAGAAGGGGAGAAAAGAGCUGUCAUCCCAAGGCCACCAAAGUGCAAAGAACCUUCAAGACGUCGUCCAACUGCUUCAUAAGGCACAGACGGCAUAUGUGAGUGGUGCCCAAGACUGGCAGUCGUGUCUGCUUCAGCUUCACCGAGAGCUUGGCGGAGAAUGGCGUACGUUGGAGAACACCAAGCAGCGCGAUAAGGAAGCCGGACUGAGCCGAAAGUGUGAAGAAGCCAAGCAGAGCUACUUAGCGGCCAUUCGACAAGCCAAUAACACGCAGCACCUGCACCACUUUGAUCAAAUGCCACCACUGCUAACACAGCUGAGCGAGCUGAGCGAGGACAUAGUGCUGGUGGCACGCCAAUCACUAGUACAUCUACUAGAGCAAGCCGAGCUAUUGCAGAGAUCUGUUGCCAAGCAGAUGCCGCGUGUUCCGGUGGCACCAGCGCUGCAAGCGGUGCGUGGACUCGACCCGAAGAGCUACACUGACGACUUCAUCUUCUGUCACAUGACCACGGAAAUGGUGGAGCCGCCCCGACCGUUCGUCUUCGAGGAGUUUCUGAUGGAGGACGAUGCUGCUCAUCUGUUCUUUCAAAAGUCCCGCCAUGAGUGUAUACAAGCGUUUCCCAGCACGGCAACGUUGGAGAGUAACGUGAUACGACAGAUCGACAACGAUGGCUUCUUUGUCAGUUCCGAAAGUCUCUCACAGGUGGCUGAAAGCGACCGGGAUGAGAUGCGACGGAGAAUGACCACAUCGACGGACACAGUGCCAGUACCAAACAGUCGCAGCAGUGUUACAUACAUGCUAGCACUGCGUAAGGCUGUCAUGCAGACGAAGGGAACUCCCGAGCCACAGCACACGCCGACUAUGGAGGAGUCGGGCGGCUUUCCAACAUGGUUUCCGCGCCGACGAACUCCGUCGACAGGGAACCUGCUGGCGGGAGCAUCGAAGCAUAUCAAGCGUCGGAAAGACCGCAGCGAAACACCCGAGCGACAGGAGGUUGUGCGGGAAGUCGGUCGAUCCAGCUGGUUUGUACCCGAGGAUGACAAGAUGAAUGGCGAUGAGGUAGAAGCAUUUGACGAGCUAGAGUCCAGUCAGAGAGCAGCACGUAUGGCCAAAAGAUCAGCAUCCGAGGGCGACCUGAUGCACUCGUGCGAGUCAACUACUGGCGGCGAGAUCAACCCGUACGCCAGCGUUGAUAAUUUCACCGUCAGCCGGAGGUUGAAGCCGAAGCCAAUGGUGCCGCCACGGCCAACAGUGAUCAAGAAGAGAGCGGCCACGGCAAGUCCUAAGCGCGAGGCGCCGCCGUCCUCUCCUCCGCCUCCACCUCCGCCUGCACAGGCAAAGUCGGCAGCGCAGAGUAUGAGCACCUGGCGAAGUCUGGAUGUGGUGAGCGAGUCCGACGACCUAGGCUUUGGUGACAAGUUCCCGCCACCGCCACUACCCGGUGAGGAAGGUGACGUGUACACAGUGCCCACGUGUUUAAUGCCCGUCGGAUCACCGGGCAGUGCUUCGUUCAUGCCGAGCGACUCCUCAACGGCCCCCACCGCUUACCUGGCCCCGCUGCCGUACCUGAUCCAGGUGUGUGUACAGUAUCUGCAUGGUGAGCGGGCAUUGAAGGAGGAGGGCUUGUUCCGCGUGUCCGGCGACAUAACGCGCAUCCGGCAGCUGAAGGCGGCGUUUGACGCACUGGAGAACAACACCAACACUUGGAGCAGCGGUCGCUCGUUGGCUACGUUCCUGGAGGAGGAGAUCAACAAGGAGCGUGACCCCAACACGGUGGCAGGCCUGCUGAAGAUGUACAUGCGCGAGCAGAACUACAUUGACGGCAAGCAGUGCAGAUCGCUGGUGGAUGCAAUGUACCCGAACAGAACACUGGCUACCUUGUCUAACAGCACUGGCGAGGUGAAGGUGUUAGAGCUGGCCAUGAGAGAGAAGUUGCCGGCUGUUGAGGAAAGUGACCCCAUAAGGAUUGCGUCCAUCAGAACUAUCGUGCGCGAGGAGAUGUCUCCCGUUGCCCAGAGUAUUCUGAGUGCGAUGUGCAGGCUGCUUGCUAAGGUGGCCAAGCAGGGUGAGCAGAAUCGGAUGACCGGCCACUCACUGGGCAUGUGCUGUGGCCUGAGUGUGUUCCCGGCGAUGAGCACUGGCCAUGCCUCGUCCGUCUUGAGGUUCAUGCUCAACAACUGGAAGGAGAUCUUCACCAACUAGAACAGCUGGCCCUGACCUGUUGGGCAGCAAAGCAUGCCGGGCUUGCAGCCAGAGCCAUACUGAGUGUGCUGCCUGCCAUCAAUCACUACUGUGUUCAAAUAAUUAUUUCAUUGCAUAUCUUAUCAUAUGAACUGAGAGUAUAAUGUUGAGAUUUGGACUUUACUAUGACCCUAGGCAGAUAGCGGUGGGCUACUUUCCACAUGUUGAGCUUUAUAGUUGAAAAUCUGCUAACGAGAAUAACUAAGCUACUUCAGCACAUUCCACUUUAUAUCGAAAACAAAACAGUAUGCUGUCAGAUGUUUUGACACUUUUGAAGUAUAAGUAGACCCAGACACAGAUGUACUGCAUCUCUAAGUCAUUGGACUCUGGACUUUUCCUGUGGACCGCAGAAUGAAAGUCUCCUUGAUGGGCGCCCUAACCCCGUGCCGCAUAGCUUUUCUAGAUUAACUUUUUGACAUUCUCUCCGAUCAGACUGAAACACUAUAUUCAUUCCGCUUCACGCCUUCUGUAAGCUGGGCAAUGACAGCUUGCCUGAAUGCUCCGGAUAGUAUAUCCAGAGCAAGAAGGUCCUCAAUUUUCUCGAAUUUCUUCUAAUAAUCACGAUUGAUGACCAGGGAACCUUGACCCCUGCUCACCUGAUUUCUGACUAUUAAUAAUUAUUGUUAUGUUGGCUGUAUUUGAUGGCUAUAUUAUACUUUGAAGUAGGUAUUACCGGUAUGUGUAGCGAAUGAGCAGGCAUUGUUGGAUACGAGAUGAAACUGUGCGCGAGUCUGCGUGUUCGG